AUGAACUCCUACAUAAAAACGAAGGACCACAGCACCAUCCUGCCGCCAAUUUCUGAUGUAGACACCAUCUUGAGAGCCGACUGGGUGCGCCAUUAUCUCGAAAAGCACACCGACGAGACCAAGACAAUCUGUGCUAUCUGCGGUGAUCGCCUUCAGAAGCGAAGCCUGAGGAAACAUGUAGCAGGUCACACGGGGUCAAGCCAUGUGCUGAACAUCGGCAAGACGACGUGGUCGAAAAGCGAGCUGCGGAAACACGCCCCUAGUAAGCUCGACGAUAAUGGUUUCGAUUUCAAGUUCGAUAUCGGCCGUGCGAAGGAGCUGGCUGUUUCAUAUCCUGCCACCAUUCGCCAUUCCGGAGGCAGAGUCAAGGAGGGUCCCCUGGUCGGCCAAGUUGUGCAGGGUUAUCCCCAGGUUUUCUACAAGGACGGCCGCAUCAAAAGAAACUACGAGUGGCUCAAGGCCGGCACCGCGCAGACACGCAGGUAUGCCCUCAAUGCGCCAAACGCCAGCGACGCCCACAGAGCCCGGCCCCAGCAAUGCAGCACGCAGACCAAGACGAUGCAAUGUACUCUUGUGUCCGCCUCACGCCAAUCAUCGGUGGACUCCCUCGUCCGCUACCGACAGGUUCACACUAAUCCAGACCAAUCUGUGGACUCCCCCACGAUUGCUGGGUCGAUACAAUGCUUGCAGACCCAUCGGAAGUCCCCGUCCGUCUGGACAUCGUCGCUGUGA